CCGUUUGAAAUUCAAACAAAGCCUCGAAGGAAGAGGGUACCCAGGAAACAUCAUAGAAAGGUGCCUAUCAGGGGUCAGUUUUGCCUCUUGACAAUCGUCCUUUAAACAUACACAAAAGCCGAAAGGUCACGAACGUUGUUGCCUUUCGUCGCAACGUACCACCCGGCAGUUAA